AUGCGGCCCUUCCACAGCCUUGCCAGGCGAAUAGCUCCAAGCGCAAGACGGUUCAUACAAAGACUUGAUAAAAACUAUCAGCCGGUGCAAUAUUGUUCGCAAUUGACCAAACCUCGCCUAAUCUCUACAUCAUCCGACCGCCCUUCCCAACCCCAUGGAAUCCCCCAAACCCGCUUGGACUCCAAAUCGCAUCCACUAGGAUGGCAAACUAUCCAAGCGCAAGUCGAGCCCUACUUUGCAAAAAAUUGGAAAUUCUCCAGCGAAAAGGCAAAGCAAGGGUUCCUCGCGGUUGGAUUUUCACAAGCGUUUAGUCAGUUUUUCCCACUUACGCUGAAUGAACGGGUGGAGGGAACUUGUAAGAUGCAUUAUCUGGCAUUGCUGAUUGAUGAUCAACUGGAGAAGAUGAGUCUAUCGGAUAUGUUGUCUUACCGCGAGCGAGUCAUCCGCAUUGCGCAUGGUGAAGAAUCACCAGAUCGGGACAUUUGUAUCGAGUGGAUGCUGUCAGAUACGCUCCAAUUCAUCCGAAAUACCGACGAGAUUCUCGCGAAUGAUUUCAUCAAGGGGUUCUGCACGUUACUGCGGGCACAGACAGCCGAGGAACGUUUGACUGUAGCACAUUUGGGGCCCUACCUCACAGCUCGUGAGGUAGACGUGGGCAGAACAUUCUACGCCGCGCUCAUCCGAUACGGUGCAAAGCUUCAUCUCAGUUCGGCCGAACUGGCACAGACGACUGCGCUGGAAAGUUACGCAUUCCGAUUCAUGGGUGUGCUGAAUGAUAUUUACAGCUGGGACCGCGAAUGGAAAGUCUACCAAGAGGAUCCCACGGACGGCACUCGGCCUUUCUCGGCUGUUUACAUUUUAGCCCAAGAGACGGGGUUGUCAUUCGAGGCUUGUAAGAGAUUGCUCUACUCUUAUUGCCGAGAGCUAGAGCUUCUUCUCAAGCAGUCUGGCGAGGAGAUUAAACGACAGAAUGGCGACACGCUGAGACCCGAUAUGGCCAAGUACAUCAAAGGCCUGGAGUACCUAAUGAGCGGUAUCGAACAAUGGAGUCAAUGGACACCACGCUACAAAUGA